CGGUGUGGGUUAGUGAGAUGAGUGAUGUGUGAGUGAGAGGUGGAGGUGGACCUCUCACCGCUCUCUCUCUCUCUCUCACACACUCGUACUAUGUGAGCGGCUCCAAAUAUGAGCUCCUCACUCAGAAAUGGCCGCGCAGGCAGUAAUAGCCCUCACAGGAACUAUAAGUAUCGGCGAUUAUCUAGCACUGAAAAAGACUCUGGCAAUUGCUAUAUCUCCUGUGAUGAAGAUGAAGAUGAAUUAUUCACAUCCCAAGCCACCGAGUUAAAACGAAUUAGUGUCAGAAAUAACAGCAGUGGAAGCAACAGCUCUACAACAGCUACCCCAGCAAAGUUUUUGUCUGAGUAUGAGCAACUUGUUGAUCGACCAAUACAGAGUGGGGAAACAUUAACAGGAAUUGCUCUUAAGUACAGAAUCCCUGUAUCUGAAUUAAAACGUAUCAACAAGAUAAUGCAAGAAAAAGAAUUCUUUGCCUUGACAUCUCUGAAAAUACCAGUAAAGGCAAACUCACUUCUUGCAGAAAUGUUGCGAGAAGAACAAGAAAACAGUGCCUCGAGUGAAAUCAAGACUAUUUCUAAUACCAGGGCUUCAGUUUUAGGAACACGAAGUGUAAGCAGUUGUAGUGAAAAUGAGAGCGAUUCUGAAAUGCACGUGGGUUAUAUUAGUAUUGAUCGUAUUUUAAAAGAUACACAUACCAAAAAGGAAGCAAAGAGGUUUUUAGUUUCAAUGCAGAAAGACUUGGCUAACAUUCGUGAUAAAACAAACUCUUACAAAUGUUCUCUUGAUGAAGUUGCAGCAGCUCUAACUGACCCACGAUUCCGUCCACUUGAUCAAACACAGGAUAAGUGUACUGGAGCAGACUGGGGUAUCACUUGGUGGAAAGUUUUGCUUGUAGGAGCCGUAAUUAUUGUUGGAGUUCCUUUAUUGUACAUUUACCAUGUAUCUUCAGAAUAGGUAAGUUAAGGUGCCAAAAGAUUGUCAAGAGUUCACAUAAAAGAUUGGAAGACCCAUCUAAGUUUCUGACUACAGCAGACAGCAUUCAUCAGUAUGAUAAAGAAAAAAAUUAUUACGUUUGGGUAAUGUGUAAAUUGAGCAAUAAUUUAUUGCAUUACAAAUUGCAAAUGUUUAAUGAGGAACUUUGUAUAUCAUUUAUAUAUAUAUAUAUAUAUAUAUAUAUAUAUAUAUAUAUAUAUAU